GUGCUAUAACAAGGCUGAUGAGCCACCAGUCGUUUCACUCCAAAUCUCACGUCGAAACCUUAAGAGUCUCAGUGAGCUAGGACAGUUAUUUUUUUAAAACUAAGUGUUGUAUUGUUUUAUAAUCUUCAUAAACAAUCAUGCGUGAGUGUAUCUCUAUCCACGUUGGUCAAGCUGGAGUCCAGAUAGGCAAUGCCUGCUGGGAGCUUUACUGUCUUGAGCACGGCAUUCAGCCGGAUGGUCAGAUGCCGUCAGACAAAACCAUCGGAGGCGGAGACGACUCCUUCAACACCUUCUUCAGCGAGACAGGGGCCGGAAAACACGUUCCCCGCGCCGUCUUUGUGGACCUCGAGCCAACAGUCAUCGAUGAGGUUCGAACCGGCACCUAUCGCCAGCUCUUCCAUCCCGAGCAGCUGAUCACAGGCAAGGAGGAUGCCGCCAACAACUACGCUAGAGGUCACUACACCAUCGGUAAAGAGAUCGUCGACCUCGUUCUUGACCGCAUCAGAAAGCUAGCUGACCAGUGUACUGGACUCCAGGGGUUUCUCAUCUUCCACUCUUUUGGAGGCGGCACCGGUUCUGGGUUCACCUCCUUGUUGAUGGAGAGGUUGUCUCUCGACUAUGGCAAGAAGUCUAAAUUGGAAUUUGCCAUUUAUCCUGCUCCUCAGAUUUCAACAGCUGUUGUCGAGCCCUACAACUCCAUCUUGACCACUCACACUACACUGGAACACUCAGACUGCGCCUUCAUGGUGGACAACGAGGCCAUCUACGACAUCUGCCGCCGUAACCUUGACAUUGAGCGCCCCACGUACACCAAUUUGAACCGCCUCAUAGGCCAGAUUGUCUCCUCUAUCACUGCUUCCCUCAGGUUUGAUGGCGCCCUCAACGUAGAUCUCACAGAGUUCCAGACCAACUUGGUGCCUUAUCCACGUAUCCACUUCCCACUGGCCACCUACGCACCUGUCAUCUCAGCUGAGAAGGCUUAUCAUGAACAGCUGUCAGUGGCUGAGAUCACCAACGCCUGCUUUGAGCCAGCCAAUCAGAUGGUCAAGUGUGACCCACGUCAUGGAAGUUACAUGGCCUGCUGUAUGUUGUACAGAGGUGAUGUUGUCCCCAAAGAUGUCAAUGCUGCCAUUGCCACCAUCAAGACCAAGAGAACCAUCCAGUUUGUUGACUGGUGUCCAACUGGUUUCAAGGUGGGUAUCAACUACCAACCCCCAACUGUUGUACCAGGAGGUGACCUAGCCAAAGUCCAGCGCGCAGUCUGCAUGUUGAGCAACACCACAGCCAUUGCCGAGGCGUGGGCAAGACUUGACCAUAAGUUUGACCUGAUGUAUGCAAAACGUGCUUUCGUCCACUGGUAUGUGGGUGAAGGUAUGGAGGAAGGUGAGUUCUCGGAGGCUCGUGAGGACUUGGCUGCCCUGGAACAAGACUACGUGGAGGUUGGAGCGGACUCUGUGCAGGGUGAAGGGGAGGAGGAAGGAGAAGAGUAUUAAAAUCUAAAUUGAGCACUUAACACAUGAAGAUUCCAACAUCUGAACAGCCUACAUCUAAACACCCAACACCUGAUUACCCAACAUUUAACCAUUCAGCACCUGAUCACCCAACAAUUGAACCUGAACAUCUUCCCCAGCUGAUCACCCAACACCUGAACACCCAAAAUCUAAAUACCCAACACCAGAAAACCCAACAACUGAACACCCAACACAGUGGUUCUUACUUGGAUAAUACUUUCAUUAAAUCCAAGAAAUAGCUGUUAUUUUUGACGACUUCUUUAACCUGUUUUCGAGGUGCACGGAGUGACAGAUUUUGGUUUGAGAGAAAACAAAUGAUGUCCAAGAUUCUCUUUAGAUAGUCUGUUUAUUCUUUCCCCAGUCUUUAAUUAAAUUUUGCGCCUACUUAAAACUUUUUCAUAAGAGAAACAAUGCCUAUAUAAGUUAAAUUUUGAAACAGUCUCUCAUUCUGACUUUCUCACCUACUACCUUUAAAGCUGUACCAUUGGGUAUAAUGACACAUUUACUUUAUUUUUAAUCUUCUACAAGACAUUCAUAUUUUAUUGCUCAUUGAAAAUUGAAUAUACAUAUAAAAGAUGAACAAUGUGCUGCAUUUUUAGAGCAAUGCUCUAUCAACUAAGCUACCCAACCACACUACUUCUAUGUGUGAUAUUUUAGCUUGAAAUCGAUGUUUUUUAACUUGAAUGUUAGACUUGGUAUUUGACCACCUUAGACUAUAAAGAACGUGUGAAUUAUCCGAUGCUUUGUAACUACAUCUUACCAAUUUUCCUGUUACGUACGCUAUUUAAUUUGUUUUCUUGGGUACACAUACUUUACAUAAUUUGCAAUGCAACACAAAUAAUAAAGAUGGAACUGGA